AGUGCAAGUUUUUUUUAAUGUUACGGGUAACCCAAUCGUCCGUAGAGGAUUAAAAAGAAAGUUUUAAUAAUUUCCGUGAAAUAAAAUCAAGUCACUUGAAAUUAUAUUUCGAAUAAAAAUUCCGCGUGAAAAAAAAACUGUUCUAAAAACAUUAAAUGUCAGAGUGACGACAGUGUGUCACCUCCAUAGUAGUUUUUAGAAAAUCCAUGGACUGUCUGUGACGCUCUUGAGGUUAAGGUGAAUUUUGGGUGAAAAGUAUUUUAUUUUGGAGGCGUUUUCUCAAGAGGCUAUGGCUCAGAAUAUCAAUCCAGCUGAUCAUCCACAAUCUUCAAAUUUGGACAAACAGAAUGAUGGUGUUGUUACGGUCAAUAGCAAUGCAGUUAGUAAAAGGCUGCAGAAGGAGUUAAUGAAGCUGAUGAUGUCAACAGAGAAGGGAAUAUCAGCGUUUCCGGACGGAGAAAAUAUAUUCAAAUGGGUGGGGACGAUAAGUGGCCCGGAAAAUACGGUUUAUCAUGGGCAGAAGUACAAACUUCAGCUAGAAUUUACAAAUUCCUACCCAUAUUCGGCACCAAAUGUCAAAUUCCUCACACCGUGCUUUCAUCCCAAUGUUGAUCUCUCCGGAGUCAUCUGCCUGGACAUUCUGAAAGAUAAAUGGUCAGCCCUCUACGAUGUCCGGACAAUUUUACUUUCCAUACAGAGUCUACUGGGAGAACCAAAUACAGAAAGUCCUCUCAAUGUGCAAGCAUCGAUGCUCUGGUCAAAUCCGGCAGAAUAUAAAAAGUACCUUGAUGACUUCUAUGAGAAGAACAAAGAUAAUUGAGAAAACUCCUUUGAUUGAGAGUUUUGUGCUGACCAGGACAACCACCCAAUUUGCGUCGUGUCUCAACUUCACAACAUUGCUCUGUCCUUUUCCAUCCUCCCCCUUUUCCCUCCCAAAAAAAAAAGAAACUUGCUAAUCUUCUGUGCGAGAAAUUUCUGGACAAUGCCUCUUUCAUGAUUUGCACCAUCACAGAGCUUCUCCUGAAAGGGAUCUUUUCCAUGUCUCAAGGACACUUCUCAUUUCAAUGUUAGAAAAUAUUUCAAAUUUAUCAAUAAAAAAAAUAGUGAAAUACAAAAAA